AUGAGGGGCCUGCUUACUGCUGUCUUUCUGGUCAUCAUCUGCCAGGACUUUGUCAACGGCGUCCGAGAUAACAGGGGCACCGAGUUCUUGCUGACAUUUCUGGAAAACUUUCAGAGGGAUGAACAUCAGCCCGCACUGUUCAUCACCACCCAAUCUCCGACAGCGACCGUUACGAUCACACUUCCGAUCACAGUUACGGUCACCAAUGGGCAGGUGACAGAGGUGGACCUGGAACGAUUAGACGUGGAGCUUCGUGGCAGCGAAAAGAGCAACAGGGCCAUCCACGUCACGUCCGAUGAAGAGAUCGUGAUUUACGGAGUGUUUGCUGAAAAGGCCUCGUCUGAUGCCUACCUGGCCCUCCCGACAGACGUGUUGGGGACCGAGUACUUUGUCGCCUGUAUGACGCCUGUCGCGAGGAGCGAAGAGGGGUGGGAUAACUUGCCAACUGAGUUUGGGGUUGUCGGCGUCUACGACGGGACGACUGUGACCAUUAACCCUACUCAAGACGUGACGUUUGGCGGAAACAACUACCCCGCAGGUCAGAACUUCACGGUCACCCUGGACAGGUUUCAAACACUUCAGGUACAAUCGGCUGAAGACCUGACCGGGUCCAGGAUCACAUCCAGCCAUCCGGUGUCCGUGCUGAGCGGAAACCUGUUCACCGUGAUAGGGAACAAUCAGGAAGGGUCUGGCGACUACACUGUGGUGAUGAUGCCACCCGUAGACACCUGGGGGAAGGAGUUCGUCACCGCCCCGCUGGCAAAACGGACCGCUGGCGACAUCUUCCGCGUUGUGGCUGCCAGAGACAACACAAAGGUGACUGUUACCGGUCGAAACCCAAUGAAUCUGGACGCAGGGCAAUUCUGGGAAUUUGAGGCUGGUUCGAACGAGUACUUGCACGUGACCUCCAACGAACCAGUACUGUUGGUACAAUACAGUAAAACAGGAGAUGCCGACAACACGAACACCGACCCCUUCUCCAUGAUCAUCCCUCCUGUGGCCCAGUUUGAGGCAGAUUACACAUUUUCAACGGUCGAGCUUAUCAACAGCGGAACCACGCACCACGUGAACCUGGUCAUCCAGUCGGCUGACAAAGCUGGUCUCAUAUUCGAUGGACAACCGUUGCCGGGCAGUACCGUUUGGCAUCCCGUGCCGGGGACUACCUACGAAGCUACUGAUCUGACUAUCUCGGCAGGCACACACACAGCAACUCACUCUUCCCCCAUCGCAACCUUCGGUCUCUUCAGCUAUGGCUUCGCAAGCGCGGAGGCGUAUGGCUAUCCAGGCGGCCUCCGUCUGGCCCAGAUCGGUGGAGCUUGCACCCCCACCCAGACUGUCGCAAACGACCGCGUCGACAACGACUGCGACGGGCGUGUGGACGAAGAGCUGAGGAACGGCAUCGACGAUGACGGCGAUGGACUGAUCGACGAAGACAUCGCCAGUGGUGGUGAUGGUACCGAUGUUGGUCGUCGACCGAUCUUCAAGAUUUCAACUAUCUACCCAUCCUUGCCACAAGGUUCACCGUAA